AGGUGAAAGGUGAAGCACAUGCUUCCCGCAAAACAAAAAUAAAGAUGAGUUCUGAUCAAGAAAAGAUUGCUAAGAAACGAAAGCUUGACGAAGAAACAGAACAAAAAGGCUUAAAGUCUUUUGAUGGUUUCACAGUCACAAAAGUGUUAAAUGAGAAUGCUUCGAGUAAGAGUAUUUUUUUAAUGGGCAAGUUUUCGAAAGAUGAGACAGUGAAUAAAGACAAGGACGCUGUGGUUAUCCUUGAGAAGACGCCUUUUUCUGAGGAGACGGUGGGAUCUCUCCUAUCUUCCAAGAUGGAACUGUCCCUACAAAUGCAGAAUGACAUAUAUGGCAUGUUCGAUGGCUACCCAGAUAAAGAACUUAAUGGGGUUAAGACAACUGUUAUCUACCCAGCAACAGAACGUCACAUAUUGAAGUACACAGCACAGAAUAUAAACCUCAUCAGUGAGACAUACGAUGACUAUGUCAAUAUUACACUGCCGUAUCUCAAGUCGCGGCAAUUCAGUGUACAGUGGGUUUACAAUAUAUUGGAUAAAUCAGCCGAAGCAGAACGUAUUGUCUUUGAAGAUGAAGAUAAAGAGAAAGGAUUUGUUCUUCUGCCUGAUAUGAAAUGGGACCAAAAGCAGGUGGAGAACCUGUACCUAAUUGCUAUCUGUCACAGAAGAGACCUGAUGAGUCUCAGAGAUUUGAAUGACGAUCACUUGCCAUUACUGAAAAAUAUACAGCAAAAAUGUAUAAAAGCAGUUGAAGAAAAAUUCAGUGUACCACCAAGACAGCUUCGACUGUAUGUGCACUACCAGCCUUCGUAUUAUCACUUUCACGUGCAUAUAACCCACCUUAAGUUUGAUGCCCCUGGCACGCAGGUGGCCAAAGCUUACCUGUUAUCUGACGUUAUUGAGAACAUUGAAAUGGUGGGGAACUACUAUCAGAAAAAGACGAUUACCUUUACACAAAGAGAGAAUGAUGGGCUGCUUCUAAAGUUCAGAGAAGCUGGGAAAUUGUAAAAAGUACAUCAAUCCUGGUUUAAUUAUUGUAGUUGUUGCUAUGUUUUUUCUUUCAUUUUGGAAAACAGUAAAAUUUAUCAACAGGACUGAUUUUCCCUUUCCAAAAAGAAUAUGAAAUUACUUAACUGGAUACAGAAUUUGUAAAUAUACCAGCGAAGACAAACAAAAUAAGAUUCAACAUACUGUAGUACAGUGCUGUACAUACCUGUACAUAAGUUUCAAAGAAACAAAAUAAAAUAAUUAAAAACAUGGUUUAUACAGUCUUAGGUGAUUUAAUGCCGGUUAAUAUGCCGGUUAAUAUACAGUGGCCCUAUUUAUUGUUUUAUAGUAGUAAUUCC